GAACAGUUGUAUAAAGAGGCAAUUGAACAAACAGCCAGCUGUAACACGAGACUGUCAAUGGAAAGAAAAAUGAGAAUGCCCUUUUUAGAUUCACAAACUGGAGUUGCUCAAAACCAUACAAGUUUAUGGCAUCCAUAUAUUCACAGAAUGCCUGGUCAAAAACAUGGUCAGUUAUACUCUUAUCCUUCUAAAAGAUGGAAGAAGAAAAAACAUUCCUUCUUUUCUCAGCUUACUUCAGGAAAGGUUGGAAAUGUAGAUGUAGCAGAAUCAGAUGUCCAAAAUACUGUAGAAGAAGAGAGCUUACAUUCCCAUACUGAUAUAAUAAGAAAUGAAUCACAAGAUAGAUGGUAUUAUGAAGAUUAUGAUGUUAUAAGUGAUCCACCAGAUGCUGGUGAAAUGGUAGAUGAUAAUUCAGAUAUUAGUGAUUAUGAGGAUACUAUAAAGAAGAAGAAGAAAAAGGGUCCUGGCAGAGGGAGAGGAAGAAGAAAUGUUCACCAGGAUUCUUUAACUGAUGAUAAAGAUAAACCGUAUUCUUGUGAAGCUUGUGGUGCCCGAUAUAAAACGCGACCUGGAUUAGCAUACCAUUAUACACAUUUCCAUAAUAGUAUGGCUGAUGAUGAUGUUACUCCUUCACCUAAAGCAACUAGACAAUCAAAAGAACCUGUCAUAGAACCAUCAAAGCCCUCACCUAAUAAUUAUUGUGACUUCUGUCUGGGUGAUCAAGGUGAAAAUAAAAAGACAAAUCAAGCUGAAGAUUUAGUUUCAUGUAGUGAUUGUGGUAGAUCUGGUCAUCCAUCUUGUUUACAGUUUACUGAUAAUAUGAUAGUAUCAGUAAAGAAAUAUCCAUGGCAGUGUAUAGAAUGUAAAUCAUGCGGAUUGUGUGGUACUUCAGAUAAUGAUGAUCAGUUAUUAUUUUGUGAUGAUUGUGAUAGAGGCUAUCAUAUGUAUUGUUUAAAUCCACCAUUACAAGAACCGCCUGAAGGGAAUUGGAGCUGUCAUUUAUGUAUUGAAGAAUUUCAUGGUGGAAAGAAGCCACACGGAAUGCAGUAA